UUCGUGAUCAUUUAUCUAUUUUACAAAUCUCACUAAAACUUGUGUGGAUGGAGGAGUAUUAUCAUAUGCAUCUAUAGGUUUCCCGAGUUACCGCCGUAAAAUGAAGCGGGAAGAUGAGACCGCCACUGCCCAGGGAGGCGUGCUGGUGGAGCUUCAGCUCGGUGACGCAGCGUCGAAUUUUAACCUAGAAAGAGCGGUCUGCAGCCAUGGCCUAUUCAUGAUGGCGCCCAACCACUGGGACCCUCAUUCCCAAACCCUCAGACGUCCACUCCGCCUUAACCUCGACGAUGACGACGAUACCUCAUUCACUGUUCACGUCUUUCACUCUCCUCACUCGCCCCACGCGCUUAAUCUCCGCGUUUUCGGAACCAACACUCUCACCCUUCAGCAGGAGCAAUCGUUGUUGAGUCAAGUUAGGAGGAUGCUGAGAUUAUCAGAGGAAGAAAAUAGGAGGGUGAUUGAGUUCCAUAACAUGCAUGAGCAAGCAAAAGGGAGAGGAUUUGGAAGAGUGUUCCGAUCGCCUACAUUAUUUGAGGAUAUGGUCAAGUGUAUUCUCUUGUGCAAUUGCCAGUGGUCGAGAACUUUGAGCAUGGCUCAAGCACUAUGCGACCUUCAGGCAGAAUUGCAUCAUCAGUUACCCAGAGCAUCAAAUAUUAUGGCUGAAAUUAAGCAUUUUGCUCCAGGAACACCUUCUGGUAAAGAAUCGAAGAGAAAGCCUCGCAAAUGUUUACAAAAAUUAACAAAGAAAUAUGCAAAAGUUUUAGGAGAUGAAGAAUCUGAGAUGAAAAUCAGUACAGCUGUUACAUCAGAAAGCUAUGAGAAGACAAAACAUAUAAGUCCAACCUUCAUGCCGGAGGAGGCAGGGAAUGACUUCCUUGGGAAAUGUAAUCCUUCAACAACUUCAGUUGAUGAUUCUCUUCGGAGUUCAGAAGUGACAGAAAAUGACAGCAGCAACUCCAUGAUUGGGAACUUCCCGAGCCCCAGAGAGCUGGCUAGACUCGAUGAGAACUUUUUGGCUAAGCGUUGUGGUCUUGGUUACAGGGCAGGUCGUGUGAUAAAGCUUGCUCAGGGGGUUGUUGAAGGCAAAAUUCAAUUGAGAGAACUAGAAUGUGCCGACGGUACAUUGAGCUUGUCUGACUACGAUAAGCUGGCUGAGAAGCUGAGAGUGAUUGAUGGUUUUGGGCCUUUCACAUGUGCUAAUGUUCUGAUGUGCAUGGGCUACUACCAUGUAAUUCCAGCAGAUUCAGAAACUAUGAGGCAUUUGAAACAGGUCCAUGCCAAAAGCACCUCGGUUCGAACAGUUCAACAAGAUCUUGAAAACAUCUAUGGAAAAUAUGCACCAUUUCAGUUCCUAGCUUUCUGGUCGGAAAUUUGGCACUUCUAUGAGGAAAGAUUUGGUAAGCUAAGUGAAAUGGCCCAUUCUAGUUAUAAACUCAUUACUGCAGCAAAUAUGAGAAAAAAGGCACCAAGGUAAAGUUAGACAAGGAAAUUAUCAUGUGCCGUAUGCUUCUACCACACUUAUUUAUUUUUCUAAUUUUCAAGCGAAAUACUGCUCUAAUCAUCUGUUGCUCCCUUGUCACAUUCCACUCUGAUGCUAUGUCAUAUUGUUAAGCUUGCUGUGACCUUA